AGCAGCGCUCACCCUAGUGACGUCAGGACGCAAAGUGACGUGGCUCGUUUGAAUAAUCCGAAGAGAGUUAGAGACUCCCCACGCACACAGUAGGAAGAGAAGCGACCCGCAUACACCCGCACGGACCCGCAGCAGUGUGUGAACAUCAUGAACAGUCUGAAGAGUGUGAUGAGGAGCGUCAAUCGCGUGACGCCCAUUCUGAGCCGCGCACUGCAUUCUGGGACACUGACGUCCUCCUCUGCCACAUCAAGAGCUAAACGUGUGGAGUGUCCGCUGACGUCAGAAGAGGUGUACACCCGCGAGGAACGCUACGGCGCUCAUAACUAUCACCCGCUGCCUGUGGCCCUGGAGCGAGGAGAGGGUGUGUUUGUGUGGGACGUGGAGGGUCGGAGGUACUUUGAUUUUCUCAGUGCGUACAGCGCUGUCAAUCAGGGUCACUGUCACCCGAAAAUCAUCUCGGCCCUGACGGCUCAGGCCUCCAGACUGACGCUGACCUCACGAGCGUUCUACAAUGAUGUGCUGGGGGCUUAUGAGGAAUACAUCACCUCUCUGUUUGGAUAUGAUAAAGUUCUGCCCAUGAACACAGGCGUGGAGGGAGGAGAAACCGCCUGUAAACUCGCCCGGAAGUGGGCAUACACUGUGAAGGGGGUCCCGAAAUAUGAAGCAAAGAUCAUUUUUGCAAUGGGGAACUUCUGGGGUCGUACGAUGGCAGCGAUCUCCAGCUCAACUGACCCCAGCAGUUAUGACGGCUUCGGCCCGUUCAUGCCUGGAUUUCAUCUUGUUCCCUAUAAUGACAUUCCUGCACUAGAGAAAGCGCUGCAGGAUCCUCAUGUUGCUGCAUUCAUGGUGGAGCCCAUUCAAGGUGAAGCCGGUGUCAUCGUCCCUGAUGCUGGAUACCUCACAAAAGUCCGAGAGCUGUGCACUAAACACAACGUUUUGUUAAUCGCUGACGAGGUUCAGACCGGUUUGGCUCGUACUGGACGGCGUUUGGCUGUGGAUCAUGAGGGUGUUAGACCGGAUCUACUGGUGCUGGGAAAAGCUCUGUCCGGAGGAGUGUAUCCUGUGUCUGCGGUGUUGUGUGAUGAUGAGGUGAUGUUGACCAUUAAACCUGGAGAACAUGGAUCCACAUAUGGAGGAAAUCCUCUGGCCUGUCAGGUCGCUAUCGCCGCUCUAGAGGUUCUGGAGGAAGAGAAACUGGCUGAGAACGCUGAGAGAAUGGGUGCGAUCCUGAGAGCCGAACUGAGGAAACUGCCCAGAGAGAUUGUGAGCGUUGUGCGGGGGAAAGGCCUUCUGAACGCCAUCAUCAUCAAAGAGAGUAAAGACUAUGACGCCUGGAGAGUGUGUCUACGUCUCCGUGAAAACGGACUGCUGGCCAAGCCCACUCAGUGUGACAUCAUCAGAUUUGCUCCGCCCCUUAUUAUUAAAGAAGAUGAGAUCAGAGAAUGUGUGGACAUCAUCAGCAGAACCAUUAUGUCAUUUUAAAUUUCACGACCAUGUGAUUUUACCAGCGUUUGCUCUUUUAGUUUGUGUGUGUAGUGCUGUUACAGGAAUCGUUCAUUGGUGUGGAUGUUCUCAUGAGAAAAAUCUGUGAUGUUUACAGUUCAGAUAUUUAUUCAGAGAGAAAAUCUUCACAUCAUUGUUACAGUGUUUAGAACUGCUGAUGUGCAGAUGUUCAGAAGAAAUGCGCUUUGAAUAUUAAUUCAAAAAUAAUUUACUAUAUAUUGAAAUUCUCUAGUUUUGGACCUUUUCAGUAGAAACUUGAAUAGAAAUGUGUUUAUCUCCCUAGAGUGAGAGAAUCAUGCACUUUAAUGCCAGUGAGAAAUCUGUUAAAGCAGAACUGAAAUGUACAUGAAGUGUGUUUUUUUCACAUGUUUACUGACAUUCUUUCAACAGUCAUGAGAGAGACGGGUGUUUGUGUGUAUAUUACACAACAGAUGAUGUUUUCUCUCUCUGUCUGCCCUUAAAUAAAUCUGCUGAAAUACUU